AUGCAGGCCGAGAUGGCGGAGCAGCGGGACGAAUUAAGCAUCGAGCGCGCCACGGGUGCCGGUCGCUCGCGGCCGGGCCCACGCCUCCCCGCCGCCCGAAUCGCGUUGCUCCGACAAACGCCAGGGCCCGACCUAUCGAGCUUCCGCCACCCUACACAAACCGAUACCAGUCUCAUCGCGAACCGUGUUACACACGCCUACAGAAAUUUUGAAAACAAAUCGAAAAUAUUU